CGGGAAAGGUGACCGACGGGGCCGGGCCAACGGAGGCCGGGGAGGCGAGAUUAACGGGGCGCGGGACGGCGCCGCGAGGCCGGGUAGCGGGACACUAGCCCCUGCGGGACCUUGCUGCCCGCCGCCCUGGGGCGGGGCCGCGGCACCGCACCCACCGACUCCCCGCCGGGCACCGGCACAGCUGGCUUCCGGGGUGUCAGGCGGGAAGGAGGCGGCCUCCGGGAAGGCUGGGUGCCGGGAGAGCGCCAGACCCACUCCCUCCUAUUAGUAUUGACCACUCUGGGUCGGCAGCCAGCAGCGGCGUGUUUCCUCUCCGCUCCUGGUGGCCGAGGGAGGAUGCUGGACGUGCAUCUUGAACCUCAGGAACCGGGGACAAAGGGUGCUUGCUUCUCUGCUGUCAAGUCAGGGGUUGGGGAAGCGGCUCUACCCAGAUCUCGUCGGUUUUCCUGUGUGCGUCUAUGCAAUCUGCUACACGGUGCAUUCCCCAGCGCUAAUGGAAACGUGUGACAGUAAAAGUGUGUCCCGUGCCGCCUCGAUUUUGCUUGAUCAUGCCAGUAGUGCAUCUCUAGACAGAAUCAUGGGCCUGAAAAAGUAACGCUGGACCGGAUAUAGGUGACAUCAGUUAGUAAACUAAACCAGCUUUGCAAACAAUCAGAUAUGUGUAACACACCGACUUAUUGUGACCUAGGAAAGGCUGCCAAGGAUGUUUUCAACAAGGGAUAUGGAUUUGGCAUGGUCAAAAUAGAUCUGAGAACCAAGUCUUGUAGUGGAGUGAUGGAGUUUUCUACUUCAGGACAUGCUUAUACUGAUACAGGGAAAGCAUCAGGCAACCUAGAGACCAAAUACAAGGUCUGUAACUAUGGACUUACCUUCACCCAAAAGUGGAACACAGAUAAUACUCUUGGGACAGAAAUCUCUUUGGAAAAUAAGUUGGCUGAAGGGUUGAAACUGACUCUUGAUACCAUAUUUGUACCGAACACAGGAAAGAAGAGCGGGAAAUUGAAGGCCUCCUAUAAACAUGAUUGUUUCAGUCUUGGCAGUAAUGUUGAUAUAGAUUUUUCUGGACCAACCAUCUAUGGCUGGGCUGUGUUAGCCUUUGAAGGUUGGCUCGCUGGCUAUCAGAUGAGUUUCGACACAGCCAAAUCCAAACUGUCUCAGAAUAAUUUUGCCCUGGGUUACAAGGCUGCAGACUUCCAGCUGCAUACUCAUGUGAAUGACGGCACAGAAUUUGGAGGCUCUAUCUACCAGAAAGUUAAUGAGAAGAUUGAAACGUCAAUAAACCUUGCGUGGACGGCUGGUAGCAACAACACCCGUUUUGGCAUUGCUGCUAAAUACAAACUGGAUUGUAGAACUUCUCUAUCUGCUAAAGUAAAUAACGCCAGCCUAAUUGGACUGGGUUACACUCAGACCCUUCGACCAGGAGUCAAACUGACCCUGUCAGCUUUAAUCGAUGGGAAGAACUUCAAUGCAGGAGGGCACAAGGUUGGGUUGGGAUUUGAACUGGAAGCUUAAAACAAUUUUAAGUAAAGCAUCAGAUUUGUCCCUACAAGUGAAGAGAAAUGAACCCACUAUGUUUUGGCCUUAAAAUUCUUCUGUGAAAUUUCAAAAGUGUGAACUUUUUACUCUUCCAAAGAAUUGUAAUCCUCCCCACACUGAAGUCUAGAGAUUACAAGUCCAUAAGGGAGGUCCUUGAAGGCAUGCCUGAAAGUUGUCAUAUUUGUGCCGCAUUUCAGUUGAGUUCUGCAGUGUUAAUUUCAACGUGUUCCUCAGCGACAAUGUAGCGUCAUGUUGAAGAAAAUGACCCGACCUUUCAGUUUGUACAUCACGUCCUGCAUGUCCCACACCACUUUUUCAUGACCUUUUAAUAUAUUGGUCUCUGUGCUGUAGUGGAAUCUUUGGUUUUGCAUCAGAGUAAAAUAAAAAAAAAAACAUCACAUUUGGAACAUA